UACAGACAUUUUAAUCACGAUUUCAAUGACAGUGAAUACAAAGAAAGGUAUAGGUUAAGUAAAGAGUCAGUUAAUUUCAUCACUGAUCUACUAGAACCCGAGUUGUGCCGUCCAACAUUGCGCUCAUAUUCCUUGUCAGCUCUCAGUCAGGUCGAGAUGGCUCUACGAUAUUACGCUACAGGUGAUAACAUGAAAACUAUAGGCGAUACACUGGGUUUCCACAAGUCAAGUGUAUCUCGAAGUAUCCACGAUGUAUCCCAAGCCCUGACCGAUUUGGCCUCACGUUUUAUAAAGUGGCCAUCCACAGAAGGAGAGAAGUCCAACAUCAAGAAGGGCUUUUAUGCCAUUGCCAAAUUUCCUGGUGUGAUUGGUGCUAUCGAUGGUACCCACGUCCGCAUCAUGGGCCCCAGUGAGCACGAGCACGUGUAUGUGAACCGGAAAGGCUUCCAUUCAAUAAACACACAGGCCAUAUGUAAUCAUGAAGGCCGAUUUAUCAACAUUGUUGCCAAGUGGCCAGGGUCCAACCAUGAUUCUUUUAUUUUUCGAGAAUCAAAUAUUGGAACAUAUUUCGAAGCGCAUCAUAAAGGGAUUGAUGUGGAUGGACUACUGAUUGGUGACAGUGGAUAUGCAUGCAGCAAAUAUCUGGUGACUCCCUUUCUACGACCCACGACUGAUUAA